AUGACACAUUGCAGAAAUGUGUCACUUGCAAAAAAACAAGCAAUCCUGAAUGCCUUGGCAUCAGCCAAGAUUUCCUGGGACGAAAUCCAAAUGUCCCUUACAUCUGCUGUGGGGACAUGUCAGAAAUUCCCAAUGUUGUCUGCCCGGAUCCCUGCUACCGAGCGAGAGUACUGGAGGACAUUAUUUCCUGCCCCGGAGGAAGUGGGAACCCGAACCCCUCGGGCGUUUGAUCCUCACUUCCAUCUCGACCGCACCCUGAAGGCCAUUGGAUUAAGACUGGACUCUACGUUCCAGUCUGUUUUGGAUGGUACCAGGAUGGACAAGGGAAAGGAGGUUAUCGUCGCCGGGACUUGUGCAUCUUUCUGCGACCCGGAGACUUAUCCAACCACGGAUAGUCUGAAGACCCUACCAGCGGAUAUGGAGGUCGCAGUAGGUGUACAUCCCAAGAAGAGAUACUCAAGCUCGGAGUUGGAUCGCGUCAUCAAGAAGCUGAAAGACCAAGUACGACAACGCAGAGUGACAGCAGUUGGCGAAGUUGGUGUUGACCACUCCGUACCACCGGAGCAGUGGCCGCAGCAGAUAGGCAUGUUUGAGAAGAUUCUACCAUUGGUGGAGCCUCGACACGUCUUGGUUCUCCAUUGUAGAGGGAUAUCCGGAGAUAGUGGAGCAGAAGCAUACCUCCUUCUACACUACGUAAAGAAGGCAGUACCUGAAGACCAGCGGAUAUAUCUCCAUUGUUUCAAUGGGGAUUCCUAUGUCCACAAGCAGUGGUCUAGUGCUUUUAGGAAUCUGUACUUCGGAUUUACCAGCAUGGCUGCAGAAUUCACCCCACCUCAGGUUUGCGCCUUGAAGUGGAUCAACCCUGAGAGAGUGUUGUUAGAGACCGGCGCCCCCUACUUCACCCGGUCAGGCCGCAAGUGGUCUGCACCCAACCAAUUGUAUUGGACGGCGGAGGCAGUAGCAAAACACCUCAGCGACACGGCUGAAUGCUGA